AUGCGUGUCACUGAAUUCUUGACGUUUGCGCUGCUUCAAGCCACUGCAGUCAUCUCUACACCGGCCAAAAAGCACGUGUCGUCGUCUGAACCUUCUAUACGACCUAAUCAUGCAAUUGGGCCUUACCAGCCAGAUAAACCCUUCCCUGUUUCGCCUGCACGAACCAAGACUUGCUUGGUGGCGUCCAGCGGCGGUGGCAAAGAUGACUCGGAAAACAUAUUGAAGGCCGUCAAGGAAUGCAACAACGGCGGACACGUUGUUUUCCCCAGGAACACUAUUUUCACAAUUGGUACCGCUUUGGACCUGACUUUUCUCAAAAAUAUCGAUCUUGAUAUCCAAGGUACAAUUCAAUUCACGGCUGAUACCGAUUAUUGGCAAAAGAACGCCUUCAAGCAAGUAUUUCAAAACGCCACCACAUUCUUUCAGCUAGGUGGUGAAGAUGUCAACGUCUAUGGAGGCGGAACUUUGGACGGCAACGGUCAGGUGUGGUACGAUCUAUACGCAAGUGACAUCUACACCCUGCGCCCCAUUCUCUUCGGAGUUAUCGGUCUCAAAGGUGGCCGUAUUGAGGACUUGAAUUUCCGCUACAGCCCACAAUGGUACACCCUGGUUGCGAACUCGAGCCAAGUCCUAUUCUCCAACAUCGACAUUGCGGGAGGAAGCAAUAGCACCCAUGAAGCUAAGAACACAGAUGGUUGGGACACAUACCGCUCCACGGACAUCGUGAUCCAGAACUCACAUGUCAACAACGGAGAUGACUGCGUUUCUUUCAAGCCCAACAGCACAAACAUCAUCAUUCAAAAUAUGGUAUGCAACGGCAGUCACGGCAUGUCUGUCGGCAGUCUCGGUCAAUAUGCCAAUGAAGUCGACAUCGUAGAGAACGUCCUCGUCUACAAUGUCAGCAUGUCCAACGCCUCAGACGGCGCCCGCAUCAAAGUCUGGCCCGGUGCUUCUACCGCGUUGUCCGGCGAUCUCCAAGGUGGAGGCGGGAGCGGUUAUGUGAAGAACAUCACCUUUGACGGAAUGACUGUCUCCAACGUCGACUACGCCAUUGAAAUUACCCAGUGCUACGGCCAGAAGAACCUUACGCUUUGCCACCAGUUCCCAGCCAAACUCACCAUCUCCGACAUCACCGUCAAGAACUUCAAGGGUACUACGAGCAAGAAGCACGACCCGAGGAUUGGGUACUUGAUGUGCUCUAGCCCGGAGGUGUGCAGCAAUAUCAAGAUUGAGAACAUUGAUGUGAAGAGUCCGAGUGGAACCGACUUGUAUACUUGCGGUGGCAUCCCGGGUAUUGAGAAGCAGGUCCAUUGCGAUGCUCCUAAGGAUAAGACGGAUCCUAAUUCUUCCAAGGCCUCUAAGCCAUCUAAGGCUUCCAGGUCUUCCAUGAGGUAUUAA